GACAGAGCAUAAACUGACAAACAGAAACCUGUACAUGGUUUUAAUGAAUGAAGUUCAUUAGUGGAUUUUUGAGACUGGUAUCAGUCACUUGUGAUACAGUUUAAAGACAAAGUUUCCCAAGGACACCCCAGUCCCUGUGCUUGCUGCACUGGGGCUGGCCUCCUGCUGGCUUAGGGACUGGUAUGCAGACAUGAUCUGGUGGCCUGUGAUGUGCAUGAGGCCAUUCUGGUAACACAACCUUUGGCCUUAAGCUCUAGAGGGGAACUCUAGCUAAACUGGUGACUUUGCUGAAAUCUGUACUUCAAAAAGGCUGAUCUCGCUAAGAAAAAAAAAGGUUUCACUUCAAAGCAGAUUAAAUGCUAUUGGACAUCUUUGGAUAUGAUAAAUACUUGCUCUUGGCAAGAACUUUGGUCACAAUAUCAAAUUUUAUAGAAUCAUUGAACUUCUGCAGAAGAAAAGACUGAAGAGCACUAGUAAUGGGAGGAAGAGAAAUUUUUAAGUUUUUUUUUAGUCUAACAAUAAGUAAUGAUUGGUGCAUCUUUAAAUGUUAGAAAUAUUCAAUACUCAUGCAUAAUUUUAUUUACAAAUUAGUAAAAUGCAUGAGGUUAUUUAGAGGGAAAAAAAAAAAAAAGAAAGUCCAGCAGGGAAUUUGUGCUCAUGAAGACUGUUGAAUGAAGCUCCUGGUACAAGGUUCAAUUGAUCUAGCCCAACUGAUUCUCGCCAAAAAUAGUCAAAGUCUAAAAUUAGAGUAAAUUAUCAAACCCAUUCUUUUAAAAAAAACAGGAACAAAGUAACCCACUGCUGUCCUCUAACAUUUUAUAUGAGGAACCACAAGAGAAGUACCAACUGCAGAAGUAUUAAAGUGGAGGUCCUUAGAGGAGAGAGCUAGUGCUAAGCCAUGUUUCUAUCUUGGAAGACCAUGUCCAAGUCGCUGAAGAAGAUCGUGGAGGAGAGCAGGGAGAAGAACCAGCCCGAGGUGGACAUGUGCGACCGGGGCAUCUCCAGCAUGCUGGACGUGCCCGGCCUCUUUACGCUGUCUCAUAUCACACAGCUAGUUCUGAGUCACAACAAGCUUACAUCUGUGCCAGCAAACAUCGCAGACCUGAGAAAUAUAGAAGUGCUCAACUUUUUCAACAACCAGAUUGAGGAGCUGCCUACACAGAUUAGCAGCCUUCAGAAGCUCAAACACCUGAACCUUGGCAUGAACAGGUUAAACACCUUGCCAAGAGGAUUUGGAUCUUUACCAGCUCUAGAAGUUCUUGACUUGACUUACAACAACUUAAAUGAAAAUUCCCUACCAGGAAACUUCUUCUAUCUAACCACCCUGCGUGCACUCUAUCUAAGUGACAACGAUUUUGAAAUCCUGCCGCCAGAUAUUGGGAAGCUCACAAAGUUGCAGAUACUGAGUCUUAGAGACAAUGACCUGAUAUCACUGCCUAAAGAAAUUGGUGAGCUCACCCAGCUUAAGGAACUGCAUAUCCAGGGAAAUCGUCUUACUGUGCUGCCCCCAGAACUGGGUAAUUUGGAUUUGACUGGUCAAAAGCAAGUCUUCAAAGCAGAGAACAAUCCUUGGGUUACCCCUAUUGCUGACCAGUUCCAGCUGGGAGUAUCUCAUGUUUUUGAAUACAUUCGUUCAGAAACAUAUAAAUAUCUUUAUGGCAGACACAUGCAGGCAAACCCUGAACCUCCAAAGAAGAACAAUGACAAGUCAAAGAAGAUCAGCCGUAAGCCUCUGGCAGCCAAGAACAAAUAAGUGCCUGGCUUCUGCCUCUGUUUUUAUAUCUUUUACAUUGCUUUUGCAUGUGCUUAUAAUAUUCCCUCACAUCUCCUGUUACUUAUAAGAAAGCAGAGACUAGAAUUAAAUGCAAUUUACUAUCUAUACUGCUUUAGAAGGUACUGCUAGAGGGAUACAAAUUUACAUAUUCUCCUAAUUAUGGUCACAUUUCUGUAGCCAUUUAAUACAUCACUGUUGAACAUAUUUUAGCUUUUCUAUUUAUAUGUAUAUUAAUGUCCUCUCUUCACAUGUGUCACAUGCUGUUAAUAUCAGGGGGUUUACACCUAUAUUAUAUGAUAUUAAAUUUCAUAUGAUAUUCCAAUUCAUUUUAAUAAAGUUUUUAAUUUGUA